UGAUUUUUGUAAGUCGGAUGGUGAGAGAGAUAAGGUCUUUGUUCUCCAAAGCAUUAAAAGAAAACCGAGUAAACCUCACUGGAAGUGACUUAGUUCGCAACUCCCAAGGUCUCUUUCGAAGAAUCGAAAACGAAGGAAAAGCAGUUGCAUUUAAAAACCCAACGUCUCUAGUUAAUAAUUUCAAACAAAGUUUGCCUCUUUGCUCCUUUUUUUGGGUUUUUUUUAUGUGACGUUUGGAAGUUUUUUUCUUAAAUGGAUCCACCAGCAAUAAUGAGUGAUGACGGGUACAAUAUAUCGGAGAUCUGGCAGUAUCACGUAAGUUCAGGUCAAUUUGGGAACGUGUCGGGUCAUUUCGUAGACCCGAAUCGAGAGUUAUCGGGUAAUGAUCCGGUGGACCUGGAGCAGCGGCGGCAGAGAGGAGUUGGUGUGAGGCGGAGGCGUGAUGGGGAAGAUGGGUCGGCUAAGAUUGUCUCCACCGGUAGUGGCAACGGCGUGAAAAUUGAUGAUGGGAAAAAACUUAAAGCAUCAGGCUGUAGAGACGAGCACGAUGAUUCUAAACUCAAAGUAGAACCCAGUUCAGGCAAGCUAGUGGAAGUGGAACAGAAUGCUCAACCACCAGAGCCACCUAAGAAAGAUUACAUCCAUGUCCGUGCUAGAAGGGGUCAAGCUACUGAUAGUCACAGUUUAGCAGAAAGGGCUAGGAGAGAAAAGAUUAGUGAAAGAAUGAAAAUUCUUCAGGAUCUGGUCCCUGGUUGUAAUAAGGUUAUUGGCAAGGCUCUUGUCCUUGAUGAGAUAAUUAAUUACAUCCAAUCACUACAACUUCAGGUCGAGUUCUUGUCAAUGAAGCUUGAAGCAGUCAAUUCAAGAAUGAACCCUGCCAUUGAAGUAUUCCCUCUUAAAGAUUAUGGACAACAAACGCUUGAUACGACUGGGAUGGCAUUUGGUUCGCAAGGAACAAGGGAAUUCAGUCGCGGUACAUCACCAGAGUGGUUGCAUAUUCGCGGUGGUUUUGAAAGAACAACGUAAUCUCGAAAAUUCCUUGUCAAGCAGCAAUAAUAACAUUCAUUUCCAAUGUAUAUUGCAUCUCGGUAUACCGAAGAGAGUAUACUUUCUUUCCCAGGACAUGAGGCUUCCAGCCGGCAUUGCUGUCUUAAAGAAGGCUAAAGUUAGUACCUGAACAUCUUCGUUGUUGUGUUUCAGAGAAUGUGUCCUUUUACAUCAUCUAUUGUUUUAUCAGGCUUUACAGCCUUCUCUGUACUAAUACCUGAACAGAAUCUCGUAGAAUCGUAAUUGUUGUUGUACAAGAAAGCUGCUUUGUUCAGAAUUACAGAUGCUUACAUGUUGUGUCAA